UUUCUUCGCCGAGAUUCUUUGAUGGAGCGACUACUUGGUCAUAAGAUGCUAUACGGUCGCUUAGAAUCAUACACAGCUAUGGGGUACACGAGAGCUUAUGCACCACAGGAGGGCAGUUCCGCACACGUUGAAAAUUACAACUCUGAAGGCACACUGAAAGGACGACGUGGACCGCAUACUCCUCCACCCCCCGAGAGCACAAGCUUACUCAUGGAGCCGAAGCAGCAGCAGUUAAAACCCAGAGGUCCUAGGACUCCGCCGGGAUCUCCAGGACCUCGUACUCCACCUCUGCCAGAAGUGUCGCAAAAUCCCGUCCCUCCUGUAGCUCCUGCCAUGCAGACCCUACUGGCAAAUCUGGCGGCUAUGGCUGGUACUUCUGGCGCACAGCUGGCCUCAUCUCUAGGAGAAGAUCUGAAUCGAAUAGUCGGCAGUGUGAAUACGGGAGUUUUCUUGGAAUCUUUCGUGACUGCAUUGCGUACUGCUACGGCACAAAGUGGUGCUUCACCAGUAGUCGAAGAAAAACCUCCGCAACCAGCAACUCCUGCUCGCGAUGUUUCCUCCAGGUCUUUUUCACGCCCCGAGGCUGAUAUGGAUUCUGUAAAAAUGGAACUUGUUUCGGACUGUUCCCUUUCUCCACUUCCGGACUCACAAUCGCAAUCUCAGUCACCUCUCAAGGCUCCACCACCUCCUCCUCCUUUAAUCGCGCCUCCUCCUCCGCCUCCAGUCCUACCAACACGUCCUGCUUCUGCUGUUCAACCUCCACCUCCACCGAUAGCUCCCAUGACGCCGGAAUGUCAAAACACUGAUUUUUUGCGCUGCAUGUUGAUGCUGAAGUAUCAACGUGCCUUCCAUCCUGUGCACAAGAAAGCUGCUAUGUUUGGUGCACCUCCCGAAAGAUUUGAUUUGCUGGAAUAA